UGAAUGAGUCUAUUUUCGUAAGUGCAGAUGCGGAAGUUGUUACCACCAAAAUGUUUAGGAAACUGGUGAAAGGAAACAGUCGUUCUGUAGCGUAGGAACGAGCUCAAGCACUCGGCGCUCAGGCUGCCCCCUCGAGCUGCGUCCUAGCCACCAUGCAGCACGCCCAAGAGGAUCUGGCUGCACCCGGCGAAGAAGAUGAUGCCUUCGAGGAAGGAAUAUCUUCCAGGCUGCCGGAAAUCAUGUCAAUAGGAUCACAUUCAUUCUCCCCAGGAGGUCCUAAUGGGAUUAUUAGGAGCCAAUCCUUUGCUGGCUUCAGCGGUCUUCAGGAAAGGCGCUCCAGGUGCAACUCUUUUAUUGAAAAUUCCUCUGCACUCAAGAAGCCCCAAGCAAAGGUGAAGAAAAUGCAUAAUUUGGGCCAUAAGAACAGCACCACACCUAAAGAGCCCCAGCCUAAGAGGAUGGAGGAAGUCUACAGAGCCUUAAAGAACGGCCUGGACGAGUAUCUGGACGUUCACCAGACGGAGCUGGAUAAGUUGACUGCUCAGCUAAAAGACAUGAAAAGAAACUCACGCCUGGGAGUCCUGUAUGAUUUGGAUAAGCAAAUCAAAGCAGUUGAGAGAUACAUGAGGCGGCUGGAGUUCCACAUCAGCAAGGUGGAUGAGCUUUAUGAAGCCUACUGCAUCCAAAGACGCCUCUGUGACGGUGCCAGCAAAAUGAAGCAAGCUUUUGCCAUGUCUCCUGCCAGCAAAGCAGCUCGGGAGAGCUUAACAGAGAUCAAUAGGAGUUACAAGGAGUACACAGAGAACAUGUGUACCAUAGAAGCAGAGCUGGAAAACCUACUGGGGGAGUUUUGCAUCAAGAUGAAAGGUCUGGCCGGCUUCGCUCGCCUGUGUCCAGGAGAUCAAUACGAGAUUUUCAUGCGUUACGGUCGCCAGCGAUGGAAACUGAAAGGCAAAAUAGAGGUGAACGGCAAGCAGAGCUGGGACGGAGAGGAGAUGGUUUUCCUCCCGCUCAUCGUUGGGCUGAUCUCCAUCAAGGUCACAGAAGUUAAAGGACUUGCUACUCACAUCCUUGUAGGAAGUGUUACUUGUGAAACUAAGGACCUGUUUGCAGCUCGACCCCAGGUGGUUGCAGUAGACAUUAAUGACCUCGGCACAAUAAAGCUGAACCUUGAAAUCACCUGGUACCCAUUUGAUGUUGAAGACUUGACCCCCUCUGCAGGAAAUGUGAGCAAGGCCUCUGCUCUCCAAAGAAGAAUGUCCAUGUACAGCCAAGGCACUCCAGAGACACCCACCUUCAAGGAGCACUCGUUCUUUACGAAUUUGCCAGAUGAUGUCUUUGAAAAUGGAACAGCAACCACUGAGAAGCGGCCUCUUUCCUUCACUUUUGGCGACCUGCCUUACGAAGGCCGCUCGUCCCCCGCCAACUCAGCAGAGUCCCCUUCUGCUCAGGUCAGCUCCAGCCCUGAUAUCACCGUUACCCCCGCGCAGCACCCAGCUCUCAAGUCCUCCAAAAGCUCCAGCCUGGACUGUAGCAGCACUGACUCCUCCUGCAGAGACUCAGUCUCUGAACCCCAGGACCCCAAGUCCCAGGGAGAGGGAGCAGUGAUCGAGAACAAGGCAGCUCCACGGGCAGCUUCUGAUUGCCAAAAACCCUCUGCCGCUGGGAGCGACCGUGUCUUCAUAGAGACAAGCGUCCCGGUGUCCCUGCUGCAGGACACGGAUGAGGGCUCCGAGCUAAAGCCGGUGGAGCUGGAUACCUACGAGGGCAACAUCACAAAGCAGCUGGUGAAAAGGCUCACGUCGGCAGAGGGCCCCAUGACCCCGGAGAGGUUGCUGUGCGAGGGAUCGAUAAGCGGAGAGUCGGAAGGGUAUAAGUCUUAUCUCGAUGGAAGUAUAGAAGAAGCCUUUCAAGGGCUGCUCUUGGCUCUUGAGCCGCAUAAAGAGCAGUAUAAAGAGUUUCAGGAGCUGGACCAAGAAGUGAUGCAUCUGGAUGACAUCCUAAAAUGCAAGCCAGCAGUAAACCGAAGCAGGUCCUCCAGUUUAAGUCUAACAGUUGAAAGUGCUUUAGAAAGCUUUGAUUUCCUGAACACCUCUGACUUUGAUGAUGAGGAUGGUGGUGGUGAGGAGGUUUGUAAUGGUGGAGGAGGUGCAGACUCAGUAUUUUCAGAUACUGAGAUUGAGAAGAAUAGUUACAGGCCAGAGCACCCCGAGGCCAGAGGCCACCUCAGUGAAGCCCUCACCGAAGACACGGGCGUCGGGACCAGCGUUGCUGGCAGUCCUCUUCCACUGACCACGGGCAACGACAGCCUCGACAUUACCAUAGUUAAGCACUUGCAGUACUGCACGCAGCUCAUCCAGCAAAUUGUGUUCUCGAGUAAAACACCAUUUGUAGCAAGAGACCUCCUGGAUAAGCUAUCCAGAGAGAUCCUUGUGAUGGAGAAUAUUGCGGAGAUCAGCACUGAGAACCUGGGCAACCUCACCUCCCUGACUGAUGCAAUUCCAGAGUUUCACAAGAAGCUCUCACUACUGGCUUUCUGGACAAAAUGUACUGGUCCUUCAGGAGUGUAUCAUACAUCUGCAGACAAGAUGAUGAAGCAGCUGGAUAUCAAUUUUGCCACCACUGUGAAUGAAGAAUGCCCAGGACUUGCAGAAACAGUCUUCAGAAUUCUGGUGUCUCAGAUCCUGGACCGAACAGAGCCUGUCCUCUACUCCAGUAUGUCCUCAGAAAUCGUAACAGUCUUUCAGUAUUACAACUAUUUUGCCAGCCACAGUGUUAAUGACCUUGGAAGCUAUUUGCUGCAGCUUGCAAAAGAAGCCUCUGUGGUUCAGAUGCUACAGUCAGUGAAAGAUGGGAAACUGCAGCAGAACAUGGCUAAAAUAAACUCUAAUAACCUUCCACCACAACAAGAAGUAUUGAGAGCGCUGGCUUUACUUCUGACCGAAAAUAAAAAUGAAGUCAGUGAGACUGUGGCAUCACUUUUAACAGCUACUGCAGAAAACAGGCUCUUCAGAGAGAAGGCCUUGAUUUAUUACUGUGAAGCACUUACCCAGCCCAACCUCCAGCUGCAGAAAGCAGCUUGCCUAGCUCUAAGAUACCUCAAGGCUACUGAGAGUAUUAAAAUGCUAGUCACGCUCUGCCAGUCUGACAAUGAAGAGAUCAGAAAAGUGGCAUCUGAAACUCUCCUCUCCCUUGGUGAAGAUGGGAGACUGGCAUAUGAACAGCUGGACAAAUUCCCUCGAGAAUUUGUUAAAGUUGGAAGUCGACGUGGAAUGGAAGCUGCCACAGCUUUUUAGAUGGAAGAGAACCUGCCUAAAUUUAACAAUCAGAAAAAAAAGACAGAGAGUAACUGAGUGUG